UCGUGUUCCUUUAAGGGGUUGGUCCAGCGGGAGCGCUGGGGCUUGUCUGCUGCCGCUUCCUUUCUGGCCUUUUAAGCUUCCCAAAUCCGACUGCCGCCUUGGACCGGGGCAGCUCGCGCCCCUGAGCGCCCUAGCUGUCGAGGAGCCGCCUGGGGACGUUUGCCCAGGGGCCCCAACCUGGCCCAGAUCACCCUGGCAUGAGGAGAUGGGCCUGCUGCUCCUGGUCCUGCCGCUCCUGGUCCUGCCGCCCCUGCUGCCUGGUGCCUACGGACUGCCUUUCUACAAUGGCUUCUACUAUGCCAACAGCGCCGAUGACCAGAACGCAGGCAAUGGCCACGGCAAAGACCUCCUCAACGGAGUGAAGCUGGUGGUGGAGACACCCGAGGAGACCCUGUUCACCUACCAAGGGGCCAGCGUGAUCCUGCCCUGCCGCUACCGCUAUGAGCCAGCCCUGGUCUCCCCGAGGCGCGUGCGCAUCAAAUGGUGGAAGCUGUCGGAGAACGGGGCCCCAGAGAAGGACGUGCUGGUGGCCAUUGGGCUGAGGCACCGCACCUUUGGGGAUUACCAAGGCCGCGUGCACCUGCGGCAGGACAAAGAACAUGAUGUGUCCCUGGAGAUCCAGGAUCUGCGGCUGGAGGACUAUGGGCGUUACCGCUGUGAGGUCAUUGAUGGGCUGGAGGAUGAGAGCGGUCUGGUGGAGCUGGAGCUUCGGGGUGUGGUCUUUCCCUACCAGUCUCCCCAGGGGCGCUACCAGCUCAACUUCCACGAGGGCCAGCAGGUGUGUGCAGAGCAGGGUGCGGUGGUGGCCUCCUUUGAGCAGCUCUUCCGGGCCUGGGAGGAGGGCCUGGACUGGUGCAACGCGGGCUGGCUGCAGGACGCCACGGUGCAGUACCCCAUCAUGCUGCCCCGCCAGCCCUGCGGCGGCCCCGGCCUGGCCCCUGGCGUGCGAAGCUACGGCCCCCGCCACCGCCGCCUGCACCGCUAUGAUGUGUUCUGCUUCGCCACUGCCCUCAAGGGGCAGGUGUACUACCUGGAGCACCCUGAGAAGCUGACGCUGACAGGGGCGAGAGAGGCCUGCCAGGAAGACGGUGCCACGAUCGCCAAGGUGGGCCAGCUCUUUGCUGCCUGGAGGUUCCAGGGCCUGGACCGCUGUGAUGCUGGCUGGCUGGCAGAUGGCAGUGCCCGCUACCCUGUGAUUCACCCGCAUCCCAACUGCUGGCCCCCCGAGCCUGGGGUCCGAAGCUUUGGCUUCCCCGACCCACAGAGCCGCCUGUAUGGGGUUUACUGCUACCGCCAGCGCUAGGAGCUUGGCCCUCCGCCACAGCUUCCCCACACCGGCUGUGUGUUUAUUGAGUGGCUCAUUUUCCCUGGUGGGUUGGGGCUGUUUUCACUGUUUUUAUACUUCUCAAUGUAAUUUUCUGAACAUUUUUUUACUAUUUUUUGUAAAGCACUCAGAACCCAGUACCUCCCUUUGCUCCUGGAUGCCCCACUCAGGAAUCCUCCUGCCGGCUCCUCUGGGCCAUUGGCGGUUUCUUGGGCUUCUGGAGGGUUCUGCACCAUCCAGGCUGGUCUCCUUCAUUAAGGGGGUUGGUGCCCAGAGCGGGUGGUGGCCUGCCCAGAAUGCUGCCCAGAGUCAGGGCAUGGCGGCCACAGCUCUCCCUGCCCCUCAACCUGGAGAAGAAGAGGGCCUUGGGGGCCUCUGCAACUGGGCUUUGGGCCUCUCCUGCCCGCUUCGACCUCUCUGUGAAGCUGGUAACCCCAGUCUGCCCACUGAGGGGCUAGGGCUGGAAGCCAGCUCUAGGCGUCUGGGUGAAAUCCGAGGGAAGGGAGAACUCCCCCUCCCCACCCCACUCAGUUCCAAAGAGUCUGUAUUGUUAUUAGUUUCUCAUUUUUCCCUGUGUGGGGAGGGGCCCUCAGGUGUGUGUACUUUCUUGGGACAAUAAAUGGUGCUACGACAGCC